AUGUCCAUGAAGAGGUCUUUCCACUCUGCCAGAGCAGCCCUUAUACGUUUUUGGGGCUUUCCUGCCGAAAACCUUGAACCCCCUUUCCAUGACGCCUUCUUCACUUAUGUCAAUAAUGGCGCCGUCAAGAAAGUUGGCGAGAUCGAAUCCGUGGAGAUUUUGCACCGCAACGAUGGAAGCAACCCUAUCCACAAAUCCCACUUCAACCGCAACGACCCGGCCAAUAUAAUCAGCGCCAGGAUCAAGCCGAAGAACGGUUCAGCGAGGACACACCACAUCUACGAAAACGGUACAGGCACCAUGCAUGUUCCUUCAGGGCCUUUGCUACAAACAUCAGGCGUUGUUGGAACCUAA